UAGAAACAUUGCGAAAUCAACCUGAUCUGACUUGCAGUGCAAUCCGAUCCUUAGGUUUUUUUUAUUUCAUUAUAUCCUGACCUGCACCAGACAGAUAUCUGUGAUUAUAUUCAAUGUAAAAAGAAGGACACGAGUUCUAACCCUCCUACCUGGAUCUCCAAAUUAAAAAAAAAAUAACCCCUAUGCUUUUCUUCAGCAUGAGACUGACAUAGGAUUGAGUGCAAAGUAAGCCUCGUAGCACCCGCCCCCUCUCCAGCCGAGCAGCCCGCAACCAUUCAAAGCAGCAUAACACACGCACAGAAAUAUCUAUGUGUAUCUUUUGCAACAGAUCAAGGAAGUCUGCAGAAGAAUAAACAGAAGAGCUCGGGCAAGGGAUUGAAGGAUUGCAGAGAGCGGCCAUCACGUUAGACGUUCUAUUUUUUUGGAUGACAUACACGGAGUUACUUUGUAUCCACUCCUAGGAAGAAGAGGGAGAGCAAGAAAAGAAGAUCAUCGCUGGCUACACUGUGUGUACUGCUAUGCUGGACUUUCUGUGGAAUGGUUUUAUCUAUUUUUUCACCUUAGGAUCCUCCCCUAUUUUAACGUGAGCUAAUCUCAACAGUGAGGACACCCCACACAGCAAGAUGGAGGGAAAACGGAGGAAAUUCUCAUUAAGCAGUGAUGACUCUGAUACCACUGAUAGUCAAACAACAUCAUGGUCAAGAUGCUCCAAGGUCCCAGCUGACAAACUAACAUGGGCAAGACAAAAGGAGAAGAAACCAUCAGAGGUUUUUCGAACAGACUUGAUAACAGCCAUGAAAAUUCCAGAUUCAUAUCAGUUUGGCCCUGAUGAUUUCUACAUUCUUGAUGACCCUUGGAGGCAAGAAUGGGAAAAAGGAGUGCAGGUUCCAGCAAAUUUAGAAGCAAUACCAAAUCCGGAAGUUAGAUUGGUUCAUGCAGAUGACGAUUGCUCCCUGCUGACUCCAAGUCAAUCAUUACCUGGUACCGCAAGUCCAGGAGGCUUCCACACCACACCACAGGCAACCUGCCGAUAUGACCUGGAUGAGGUUGAUACCUGCUGGUUGGAGCUUGUUAACAUGGAGUUCAAAGAAAUGGAAAUUCCAGCGUUGGAUGAACUCACUUUAGAGAGAGUGUUAGAAGAAUUAGAGAUGAUCUGUGUUGAGAACAUGAACGUUGCCAUUGAAACAGAAGAAGGAUUGGGAAUCGAAUAUGAUGAGGAUGUUGUCUGUGAUGUGUGCCGUUCACCAGAAGGGGAGGAUGGCAAUGAAAUGGUUUUCUGUGAUAAAUGUAACGUCUGUGUACACCAGGCCUGCUAUGGAAUCCUGAAAGUCCCUACAGGAAAUUGGCUGUGUCGAUCUUGUGCCCUUGGAGUCCAGGCAAAAUGUUUACUGUGCCCAAAGAGAGGGGGAGCAUUGAAACCUACAAGGAGUGGGACGAAGUGGGUCCAUGUUAGCUGUGCCUUAUGGAUACCUGAAGUUAGUAUCGGAUGCCCAGAAAAGAUGGAGCCUAUUACAAAGAUUUCACAUAUCCCUCCAAGCCGAUGGGCGCUGUCUUGCAGUCUGUGUAAGGAAUGUACUGGUACUUGCAUUCAGUGUUCCAUGCCGGCCUGCAUUACUGCUUUUCAUGUUACUUGUGCAUUUGACCGCAACCUGGAAAUGCACACUAUCUUGGCAGAGAACGAUGAGGUGAAGUUUAAGUCCUUCUGCUUGGAGCAUAGCAGUAGAGGAAUAAAGCCAGAGGAUCAGAAGGAACAACAAGGAUCCACAUCUGAUACCCAUGGAGAUGCUGACCAAACAAAGCUGGAUCUAGAAAAGGUUACUUUGAGGAAGCAGAAGCUUAUACAGCUGGAAGAAAAUUUUCAUGAACUUGUAAAGCCAGAAGAUGUGGCGGAAAAUCUUGACGUGAACAAGAAUUUGGUUGACUUUAUUUAUCAGUACUGGAAACUGAAAAGGAAGGCCAACUUUAACAAGCCUCUCAUAACUCCAAAAACAGAUGAAGUGGACAAUUUAGCUCAGCAAGAGCAAGAUGUGCUUUACAGGAGAUUAAAACUCUUUACACACCUCAGGCAAGACUUAGAAAGGGUUAGAAAUCUGUGUUAUAUGGUGACCAGGCGAGAAAAGAUGAAACACUCCAUAUGCAAACUUGAGGAACAAAUUUUUCAACUUCAGAUGAAGCUUAUUGAGAAAGAUCUUCAUCAUGAAAAAUCCAGGAAAAAGACAAAGGGUAAAAAGACUGAACCUAAAAGAAAAGGAAGAGAUAGCAAGAAGAGCAGUCCUGAGACAAAAGACAACAUUAAAACAGGGAAUGGGUCUGUUUUGGGCCAACUUGGUUUGUCCACAUCUUGUCCAAUAGCUGGAACUUUUUUCAGCAGCUGGUUGGCUCAACCAGUUCAAAUUACUACUGAGAACUUGACAAUGAGUCAGUGGGCUUUGAACAAUGGGCACCAUGAGGAUAAUGCUCCUGGCCUUCUUUCUGAAGAGCUGCUACAAGAUGAAGAAACAUUAUUAAGCUUAAUGAUUGAUAACUCACUAAAAUCUCCUUUCAAACAUACUGAGACAGUGAAGAAAGUGAGAAGCAAAACAAAGAUGAAUGGUAAGAAAAAGCUGCCAAAAAACAGCCAAUGCUCAAUAUUGAAAAAUAAUGAGGAGGCCCUGGCUCAGUUGGAUGAUCUGAAGUAUGUGUCAGAUCAGACUGAAAAGCCUAGUAACCAGAAUUCCAAAAAUAGCAAAACUGGUAAAGGACUUUCCAAAACAGACCAGAAAGGACAUGGUGAAAGAAAAACCUUUAAAAAGGGUACUGUGCAUUCACCUACAGCAACAGCAAAUGGCUCCCGUGACUUACCAGAACACAGUCCAAUGAGCAGUGGGGAAACUACACUGAAAUCUAUUCAGCCUGACUGUAAUUCUCUUGUCAAAGUGCCUGACUUACUUGGUUGUGCAAAAAGCGCAAUGAGGUUAAAAUUCCAAAAGGGUGGUAGAAAGAGUAUGGAAAGGCCAGUUGAAAGCACAGAAAUGGCAGAUGGGCUACUGGUCAGUGAACCACCAUUGGUAAGCUCCCACUUGGACAAUGAGACUGAUGGCUACUAUUCAGAUGCAGAAAUUACAGAUUCCGAAGAGGAUUCCAGUCAACAGAGAGUGCAGCUUAACCAGUUUGAGUCAUCAAAUGAUGACAUUGUCAGAAUGAGCAUUUUGGCAUCCUAAUUCUCCAGAGAAAUAAACUGUUAUGGUUUUUGGAGGCCUAAGACCAAGAUAUGACUGCCAUUUCAAACGUAUGUCUACUGUCUUUAGAAGUGUUUGUGUGGUUGUACAUGUGUAUAUAUU